AUGGCUGGCAUCACGACGAUCACGUCGGCAUCCACUUGCACCGCCGUCGGCCUCAUCGUCUUCUUCUUCUUAGCUCCCGUCGCCGCCUUGUCCUUCAACUACGACAGCUUCAGCCCAGAAGACCGCAAGGACAUCAGGGUGGAAGGCGACGCCUACAUCAGCAGCGGGUGGAUCGAGGUGACGGCGAACAGGCUGUCCGGCAUCGGCCACAGCACGGGCCGCGCGUCGUACAACGCCCGGCCGAUGCGCCUCUGGGACAAGGACACCGGCGAGGUGGCCAGCUUCACCACGCGCUUCGCCUUCGUCAUCGACCCGCCGGGGGACCACGGCAUCGACAACAAGGGCACCGGCAUGGCCUUCUUCCUCGCCGCCGCCUACCCGUCGAGCCUGCCGUCCGGCUCCUACGCCUACAACAUCGGGCUCACCAACCAGAGCGCCGACGCCGUGGCCGCCGGCGACGCCCGGUUCGUGGCGGUGGAGUUCGACACCUUCAACGACACCAUCGCGCACGACCCCAACGACACCUACGACCACGUCGGCAUCGACGUCAACUCUAUCAGGUCGGUGGCCACCCAGACCCUGCCGAGCUUCACCCUCAUCGGGAACAUGUCCGCCGAGAUCAGGUACCACAACCUGUCCAGCGUCCUGGAAAUGACGCUGUGGCUGGGCGAUGGAAGGGACACGCCGCCGUCUUACAACAUCAGCCAUAAGGUUGACCUCAAGAGCGCGUUGCCGGAGGACGUCUCUGUUGGCUUCUCUGCCUCGACGUCCACAUCCAUCGAGCUGCACCAGCUGCAUUCUUGGCACUUCAGCUCGUCCUUGGAACCCAAGGCCACACCAAUUCUGCUAGCUCCGCCGCCAGCGCAGCGGCCGCCGCCGCCGCCACCACCACCACCACCCAUGGAUGUGUCCGGUUCUGGACGUGCUGGAGUAAUAGCAGGUGCCAGCGUCGGCGCUGCACUGCUGCUUGUGCUUCUCGUUGCUCUGGCGGCUCUACUCCAACGACGACGUCGGAGGAAGCAGGCGCAAGAGUCGGAUGACGACGAGCCGAUCAUGGAGAUUGAAUUGGGGACGGGGCCGAGGCGCUUCCCGUACCACAAACUCGUUGCUGCGACCAAGGGUUUCGCGCCGGAGGAGAAGCUCGGGCAAGGUGGCUUCGGCUCCGUCUUGCUGGACGGCCAGAAGAACGCCGUCUUCCGGCUCGUCGAGUGGGUAUGGGACCUGUACGGCAGAGGAGCCGCUCUCGCGGCGGCCGACGAGCGGCUGAAAGGAGAGUACGACGCGGCGGAGGUGGAGCGCGUCGUGGCCGUCGGGCUCUGGUGCGCGCACCCUGACCCACGCGCACGGCCGUCCAUCAGAGUAGCCAUGGCCGCUCUCCAGUCCAAUCACGGCCCGGUGCCGGCGCUGCCUGCCAAGAUGCCCGUGGCGACAUACGCGGUGCCACUUGCGUCGCCGGAGGGCGGGGGGCUCUCCUCGUACAACGCUUCCUCGUCAGGGAUGACGUCUUCCAGUUUAACUCAGUCGUCGUCAACGACGGUCACCUCUCAGACAUCCUGCUCCUCCGACGCGUCCGCUGCAACUGGUUUCAAGGACUCGUCUUCGCUGCUCAAACAUCAGUGGUGCUAA